AUGUCGCCCUUACGCUCCGCCCUCUCCACGGCCUCCCGAUCUCUCCUCUCCGUGCGCCAAUUCGCUGUCACAUCCUUCCGCCAGAACAAUCAUGUCUCAAGUCCAUUUUCACAAUUACGGAAGUUCUCAGGUCUUUUGACCCAGAGCCGAUGGGGCGGUCUAUUGCGAUCGAAGAUUGCAAACAAUGCGAAACAGCUUUCGUCGACAUAUAUUUUUUCGCAGGCUAGUGGGAUGAAGACUAGAUCUUCUGUCAAGAGGCUGUGUGAUGGGUGCAAGCCUGUGCGACGGAAGAAUAGAGUCUACAUUAUCUGCUCGAAGAAUCCAAAACAUAAGCAGCGUCAAGGCAAAUAG